AAGGAAGCCCCCAUAUACAUCUAAAUCAUAUUCAUUCAUACAAACAAGACUCAAAUAAUCAUGCUCUCCUCCAUGAUUAGAGCAUACAACUAAUUAAAAAACAACACAUAUCAAUGUCAACACCCAAAGAUAAGCCUCCCACCCCAUUAAAUCUUCCCAAAACAAAGUCCGAGAAUCCAAAGAUGAUGCAAAUUAGACCAUUAAACAAAUCCCUAAACCAAAUUAACCAAUCCAUACAAAUCACCUCCCCCUUAAACCCCCAACACAACCAACGGACUUAACGACGACGACGACGAUAACCCCCACACGUGCCAACUGACACGUACCAAAUAAUAAUGCUAAAAAGUUAUCAAACUUUCUGUCCUUCUUUCUCUAUUCCCAAACCACCCCCCUCUCGCCUCUCUUCUCUCUCUUUCUCUGACACACUCCAUCUCUGCAAAUCUCUCUGUACAGGCUUUUGAUUUGUCUCUUUCCGCUCGAAGCUUUCCUCCGCUUCUAUAUUCUCUCUCUCUCUCAAUCCAGAGGUGGAAGUGGAGUCCCUACUCUCUCCUCACCCAGUCAUGCUUCAGAGCUUAGUACCCCAAUCCCCAAUUGGCGCCAACCCUACCUCGUCUUCUUCCUCCAUGAAGACCAAGCGCGCCGACCGCGACGACUCCGAUUCCGCCGCCGACGACCCCUCCUCCUUCAGCAACAAGCGCCCGAGUUUCUCGCGCGAGCCGACCGCCGAGCCGGUGGCCGAGGGCGAGUCGGCCGGGCUCAAACUCUUGGGGCUUCUGCUACAAUGCGCCGAGUGCGUGGCCAUGGAUAAUCUCCACGACGCCAGCGACCUUCUCCCGGAGAUCUCCGAGCUGUCGUCGCCGUUCGGGUCCUCGCCGGAGCGCGUUGGCGCGUAUUUCGCCCACGCGCUGCAGACGCGCGUGAUCAGCUCCUGCUUGGGGACGUACUCGCCUCUGACGACGAAAACCCUAACGGUGGCGCUGUCGCAGCGGAUCUUCAAUGCUCUGCAGGCGUACAACUCCAUCUCCCCGCUCGUGAAAUUCUCUCAUUUCACGGCGAACCAGGCGAUUUUCCAGGCCCUGGACGGCGAGGAUCACGUCCACGUCAUCGACUUGGAUAUAAUGCAGGGCCUCCAGUGGCCAGGAUUGUUCCACAUCCUGGCCUCCCGGUCAAGGAAGAUCCGGUCAAUGCGAAUCACCGGGUUCGGAUCCUCCACCGAGCUCCUCGAGUCCACCGGCCGCCGGCUCGCCGACUUCGCAAGCUCCCUCGGCCUGCCCUUCGAGUUCCAGGCCCUGGAGGGCAAAAUCGGGAGCAUAUCGGAGCUGAGUCAACUCGGAAUCCGACCGAGCGAGGCCACGGUGGUGCACUGGAUGCACCAUUGCCUCUACGACGUGACCGGAAGCGACCUGGCGACGUUGAGGUCGCUGAGCCUGCUCCGGCCGAAGCUGAUCACGAUCGUGGAGCAGGACCUGAGCCACAGCGGGAGCUUCCUGGGGAGGUUCGUGGAGGCGUUGCAUUACUACAGCGCGUUGUUCGACGCGCUCGGGGACGGGUUGACUGUGGACAGCCUAGAGAGGCAUAUGGUGGAGCAGCAGCUGUUCGGGUGUGAGAUAAGGAACAUCCUGGCCGUGGGUGGGCCCAAGAGGACUGGGGAGGUGAAGGUGGAGAGGUGGGGGGAGGAGUUGAAGCGGGUCGGGUUUCGGCCCGUUUCGCUUGGCGGUAACCCGGCCGCCCAGGCCGGCUUGUUGCUUGGGAUGUUUCCUUGGAAAGGGUACACAUUGGUGGAGGAGAAUGGGUGCUUGAAGUUGGGCUGGAAGGAUCUUUCCUUGCUCACCGCCUCGGCCUGGCAGCCGUCCGAUUGAAUUACUUUGACCCCUAAGAGUCGAUUAUUUCGAUAUCGAAAUCGAUACCAUCAAGCAUGUUGGUAAAUGGGGCAAAGGGAUUUUUUUUUUUCUUCUCUUUUGUGUUUUCACUUUGUUGUAAUUCUUUGAAAGGAGAAAAAUUCAAAAAAACAUGUAGCUAGUUUUGUUGUUUUUUUUUUUAGAUGUUAAAAGAAAAGAGAAAAGGUCCAUAGUUCAUGGGAUCUUUCUAUAGAUGAUGAAAUUCAAGUGAGAAUCAAAUGCAUUCUGAGUUAGUUGCAA